UUGGCCAUGAGCUUUGACCGCUACGUGGCCAUUUGUGAUCCCUUGCACUAUGCCACUGUGCUCACCAAUGGAGUUAUUGCUGGAGUGGGUGUAGCUUUGGCUGCUAGGAGCUUCAUCACCCUCUUUCCCCUCCCCUUCCUCUUCAAGAGGCUGCCUAUCUGCAGAUCCAAUGUUCUCUCCCACUCCUACUGCCUGCACCCAGACAUGAUGAAGCUGGCCUGUGCUGAUAUCACCAUCAACAGCAUCUAUGGACUCUUUGUUCUUGUAUCCACCUUUGGCAUGGACAUGUUAUUUAUCUUCCUCUCCUAUGUGCUCAUUCUGCAUUCAGUCAUGGUCAUCGCUUCCCGCAAGGAACGCCUGAAAGCUCUCAACACUUGUGUGUCACAUAUCUUGGCUGUGCUUGCAUUUUAUGUGCCGAUGAUUGGGGUCUCGGUAGUGCAUCGCUUUGGGAAGCAUGCCCCACGCUACAUACAUGUCCUCAUGUCCAAUGUUUAUCUCUUUGUCCCUCCUGUGCUCAACCCUCUCAUUUAUAGCGCCAAGACAAAGGAGAUCCGCCGAGCCAUUAUCCGUAUGUUUCGUCCCAUGAAAAUGUGA